AUGGAGCUGGUAACCUGCCAGGACUUCGUUCGUCUCCACCUGCGCCUGCUGGAGAUGGAGCACCGGCAACAGCGGGAGCGACAGCGGCAGCAGGCGUCAGGCAAUUUGCUGUCCUCGGUGGCCGUCACCGCCGCCAGUCGCACCUUUUGUGGUCAGCGUCUGGUGCUGCGUUCGACCGGCCCCCGGGCACGCAAACUGCCCCGGCACAGCAUCCGCGCCAACGACCAUGUGAUCACGCGCCGGGCCUCGGACUCCGUGGUGGCGCGUCGUACAGCGGGGCGCACGGCCUCGCGCGAGCCGGUGCCAGGCGACGUCUGGUGCGGCGUCGUGUCACGCGUCACCAAGGCCGAGCUCACGCUGGACUUCGGAGAGGUCACCUCGCUCGUCGUGGGCGAGCCCGUCAGCGUGAUGAGGACCGACGACGAGAUGACGCACAAGAACAUGGUGAAAGCGCUGGAGGAGCUGGCUGAAGCGAAGGGUGGGCCGAUCCUGCGGAUGCGGGCCGCGCUGUUCGCCGAGCACGGCCCGCCCGGCACCGGCAAGACCGCCACCGUUGUCGAGGUGAUCCUGCAGCACCAGCGGCUGGGCCAGCGUGUGCUCGUGUGUGCGGCGUCACACAAUGCGGUGGACAACGUUCUGGACCGUCUGGAGGCCGCUCGUGGCGAGAGGAUGGUUCGUGUGGCUGUGGAAACAGUCAAAGACAUCGACGUGUCCGACGACGACGACGACGACGACGACGGCGACGCUUCAGAACAUUUUCCAACAGACGGCAAGGCGCCGUUUGACUUAGUCGUGAUCGAGGAAUGUUCGCAAGCACUGGAGGCGGCCUGCUGGCUAGCGGCGCCCCUCGCAAACAAGCUGCUGCUGGCGGGCGACCACUCUCAGCUGCCGCCGAUGGUCCUGAGCCGGGAGGCCGCGGAGAAGGGCCUGGCCGUGUCGCUGAUGGAGCGCCAAAUGGCGCUGCACGGUGCGGCAGUCGUGCGCAUGCUGCGCACCCAGUACCGCAUGCACGAGCACAUUCAGCGCUGGCCGUCGGAGGCGAUGUACGGCAGCCUUCUAGAGGCGGCGCCGGCCGUGUGCCGGCACCGACUGUCGCAGUUGCCGGGCGUGCGCGACACGACAGAGACGGGCCCCGUCCUGCUGGUGGUCGACACGGCCGGCUGUCGGCUGGAGGAGACGCCCGACUCAAAGAUGGGCUCCAUUGCGAACGAGGGCGAGGCGGACAUCGUGGUGGCACACGCGCGUGCGCUGCUGCGCGCUGGGCUAGAUAUCGGCCAGCUGGGCGUCAUCUCGCCCUACAAGCGGCAGCUGGACCUGGUGCGCGCCCGCCUGCGUCAGCUGCGGCUGGACGUGGCGGUGGGCACGGUGGACGGCUUCCAGGGCCGUGAGAAGGAGGCCGUGCUGCUGUCGCUGGUGCGAUCCAACCAGCGCGGUCAGGUCGGCUUCCUGGCCGAGCGACGCCGCAUCAACGUGGCGGUGACGCGAGCCCGUCGACAGCUGUUCGUCGUCUGCGACACGGCUACCGUGCGGUCCGACGCAUUCCUGGCCUCGCUGGUCGACCACCUGGUGGAGCAUGGCGAAGUCCGCUCGGCGCACGCCUACAGGAACUACCUGGGGGUGGCCGCGCGCGGCCGGUGGCGCUGGCUCGAUGCCACCGAGGCCGGCGAACCCUGA